AUGGCCUCCGCCUCCGCCUCCCCGGCCAAAAAACGCAUCAUCCUCGAGAAAUCCCGCACGGUACGCCGCCGGUACCAGCGGAGCAAUCAACGGUUCCAGUUCACGGCGUCACAGAUCGCGCGCAUCGAGCGCGAGCAGGAGCGCGAGCGCCGGGCGCAGCAGCUACGCGACCGCGACCGCAAGCGCGUCGCUAACAAGAAAAAGAAGGCCGAGAAGGAGGCGCGCGACCGCGAGGAGCGGCGGCGGCUCGGCUCCAUGGGCUUGCCGGAUCCGAAUGCCCCCGUCGUGCCGUCGAGUCAGCCUUCGUUGUUGAGGUUUAUUCGGAAGCCUGCGGGGGUGGGGGCGGUAGCGCCUUUGGACGGCGCGGGGGUGGAUGCUGGUGCUGGUGCGGAUGGAGGUGUGGAUGGGGAUAUGGAGGUGGGUGGUGAUGAUGUUGAGGGUGGUGAUGAUGAUAAUGGGGAUAGUCUGGGGGAGGGUACGAAGUUUGAGGAGUUUGAUCUUGAGGGGUGGGAGAGUGGGUCUGUUACGGAUGCGGAGGAGGGUGUGGUUCAUGGUAAUCUGGGGGAGGAGGAGGAGGAGGAGGAGGAGGAGGAGGGUGAUGUGCAGGUUGAGAAGGGUGAGGAUGCUGCGCGCGCUGUUGGUGCUGCGGCGGAUCACACUACCGAUACUGAUGAUGAGUUUGGCUGGGAGGAGGAGGAGGACCUUGCGGAGGUUGACGAGUUCUCUGAUUGCUCUAUCUUUGAUAAUGAGGACAUCAUCAAAAAGAGUGAGGUCGUCGCGGCCGAUAUGUUGGUCACGAAGGAUGUUGGAGAUACCCUGGGUGCGGGCGCCGAUGCGAUAGACACGAUUGCGCUGAAGACGAAUGCGAUAGGCACCAAUACAGCCAACGCCGAUGCGAUAAACACGAUUGCGAUAGACACUAAAAGCGCGGACAAUGUGGACACACCCCACGCCGAGCCUCCGACAGUGCAAGGCGCUAUACCUGCCUCGUCGGCAGGCGAUUCAUUUCAGGACGACACGGCCAUUUUGUUGGAGCAAUUGGGCCACGAGUUCGACACCGAUGAGGAGUUCGAACAGGCAUUGGUUGCAUUGGAUGCUGUGUGA